AUGUCACAAUUACGAUAUAUUUUGGGUACUGGAUUUGAACAACUUUUGGUUGAAGAUAAAUCAUUGUCAAAAGACGUCGAUAAUGAUAUUGGUUUUAUUAUUAAAAGUAAAAUUUUGGAAACUGUGCUAAAAGAUAGGUUAAAUAAAUUAAUUGAACAUGUAAAUAAACAAAAAGGAAAUCAUGAAGAAAAUUUAUUUUUGGAAAUUAUGGAUGAGACAGAGAUUAUUGGCAUUGAUUUAACACAGGAGAAGCCGUUGGCAUUAUCGAGAAAAUCUGGUAAUAAAUUUACAAAUGAUGAAGAACAUAAAUCUUCCACUAUUAAAAACAAUAGCUCAAUUAAAAGUAUAAAAAAGCCAAUCGGGAAUUUUAAUAAAUGGCUCAAAAUUGACAGAAGGAAUUUUAAUAAAGAUAAAAACAAAAUGAAAAAUUUAGAAGGAGAAUCUGAAGCAUAUUGGAAAAUUUCAUUUGACGUGUUUUUCUGUGUUGAUAGUGAUAACGAUAAUAUUUCUAAUAAAUUUUUAGGUACUUUUUAA